GACUUGACUUUUUUAUUGACAAGCGAAGCCGAAUAAAAAUUAAAAAAAGUCCGUUGCUACUCGUUUUCUUGUUAUUUUUUAUUUAUUAAACAAGCAGAAUCCAUAAAAAUGUCGUUCGAUUUGAACGCAAUAUGUACAGCUUUAAACGAACCAAAUAGAACAGUGAGUGGAGUUGAUUUUUCUGGAAGAUCAUUAAAAUUGGACACUGAAAGCGAUGCACAGCCAAUUGUGAAUGCAAUCAAUGCAUGUCCAGAUUUAGAAUACUUGACACUCACAGGCAACACUCUUGGAGUAGAAGCUGCACAAGCCAUUGCUAAGGCCUUGGCUCAACAUCCCGAGUUAAAAACAGCAAGGUUUUCAGACAUGUUUACUGGUAGAAUGAAAACAGAAAUACCUCCGGCUUUAAGUGCACUUGGUGAUGGUAUGAUAGAAGCUGGUGCUCGUCUUUCAACUCUAGAUUUAAGUGACAACGCCUUCGGACCCAUCGGUGUUGAAGGUUUGGCAAAGUUGCUACAAAGUGAUGUGUGUUCACAAUUACAGGAGUUACGUCUGAACAAUAAUGGUUUAGGUAUAACGGGAGGUCGGUUGCUGGCAAAGGCUUUGUCAGCGAAUCCACGAAGUCUACGCGUAUUUAUAGCUGGACGAAAUAGGUUGGAGAAUGAAGGGGCGAAAGCGUUAGCUGGUGUUUUUCAGUCGAUGGGAACACUGGAAGAGAUAUCGAUGCCGCAGAACGGUAUCUACCACGUGGGGAUUUCCGCGCUGUCGGAGGCGCUGAAGCACAACCCUCGUCUGGCGCGCCUCAACCUCAACGACAACACCAUCGGCCCGCGCGGGGCCGGCGCACUGGCUGCCGCGCUGCCGAGAUUAAAAAAUCUGAAAUCGAUCAACUUUGGGGAUUGUCUGCUGAAAAGUUCAGGCGCUCGUGCGCUGGCUCAAGGUCUCAAAGAUAACUCUGUUUUAUUAGAGUCACUCGAUCUCAGUCACAACGAGAUUGGAAGGGAUGCGUGCAUGGAGGUGGUGGAUGCGUUGACAGCUCUCCCAGACAGCGCAGACAGACUCACGAGGGUCGUACUAGCUGGUAACAGCUUAGGAGGUGCAGCGAACAAGAAAACAAUGAAAAGUAAAUUGGGCCCGUCAGCGGAGCUGAGUGAUGGUGAAGGAAGUGAAGAUGAAUAUGUAUCCGGUUCGGAUGAUGAUGAAGAUGAAUCAGACCAAGAGAAUUCGGAGGACAGCGCAACAGAGGACGCACAGCACCUCGACACCAGCCUGGAUACUGGGAACAUUAUGUUGGAGCAAACCGACAUAGUAAGAGAAGUUGAAACGGACGUUGGUAAAUUCCUGCACGAUCCAACGUUGGACAAUUUGGCCAAGCUUGGAUCAAACGCCGCUGACGUCAUCGAUGUCCAUCUACAGUCAAUACAUGACCCGGAGAGUUUGAUCCACGCGUACGUGGAAGCUCUGUGCUGCGUGUCCGGCCUCUCUGCGGAGAGCGCGUCCGCCGCGGAGAGCGCCAGCCGUCUCUUUCACACAGUCGUCGCUAGAGCGAAACAGCAAUGGCCGCUCGCGAACGCACUCCUUCGGGCCUUACAACUUAUUAAAUCCGAAAACAAAGAUUAUAAAGUACGUUGGCGCGUUUCAUCGUGUUACUUAGUUCUGGCUAAGCAGAUCGAUGAGCCCUACUUCCCUAUUGCUCUCCGAGACACGCUCAAGUUCUUCAUAUCGAGCAAGAUGGCGUCAUUUCCGGGUGAACUUAAAGACAUAGUUGAGAAACAUCCGAACUUGUACAUUUAGAAUAAAUGAUAUGA